UUCAUUUUAUCAUUAAUACAUUAAUAACUGUUUACCUAUAUAAAAUUCAUUAAACUUAAAACGGAUUUCAUUAAAAAAUGAUUUAUCAAUUUAAAAUAGUACUGUUUGCAAGUUGCAUUAUAUCAACUUUAUGCUUUCCGAAUAGUUCUGGUCCAUCAAAUACUGAAGCUUCUUCAAGUGAAAUACCGGAUAACGAUCAUGGAACUGUCUUGUCAAUUUUUAAGUCUCAAGUGAAAAAAGAAUUAUCAUCAGGAGCUACUAAUGAUAAUGGUUUGAUUGUAUAUGAUAAAUUAGUUUGGGUUUGUUUUUUAAAAUAUGGAAUAAAUAUCAGAAAGGGCAUGCCUAGUCAUAUAUAUGAUAUGAUGAGACAUAUUCCAAUGAAAAUAGACGAUGUAAUGGAAUUAAUUCCUGGAUUUGUUAAAAUAUUAAUUAAUAAAUUAGCUGAUGAUUUGCGAAGUCACGCAAAUAACGGAUAUAUUCCUUUAGGGGAUGCACGUGAAAUAUUUGAAAAACAUGAAUUAGAUAAAGAAAUACGAACCCAAACUCUAUAUAAAGUGGAAACGACGAGGGAUCAAUUACUUAAAGUGGAAGAUAUCAUAAAUCUCUUAAAAUGAAAUGUAUUACAUUAUUUAUAUAUAAAGAUCUAUAAAUAAACUUCUACUUGAGUA